ACGUGUACGUUCAAGGGGGAGGGGCACGUAAGUAACAAAAAAAUAAAAACGAAGGAAAGAAGAGCGAAGCAAUUUUUAUUUCAACAUCUUUAUAGAAAGUCUAAAGUUUGGAGUCAUGCCUAUACGUCGUGCAGCUGGUACUCCACCCCAGGAGACACCCCCCUCGGCUGCACCAGAUGGAGAGCCUGAUGCCAGCUCUGAGGAAUCUGCCUCUGUUGAGGAGGAGCAGGAGGUAGCACCCGCAGCCCCAGUAGCCAAGAAGGGGGAGGGUCAAGGAGAAGGUGAGGGCACAGGUGAACGAGACCCAAAAGAGAAUGGUGAGAAACCUGAUGAAUCAACUGGAAAGAAGACUGAGGAGAAGAAGGCUGAGGGGGAAGAGGCUGAGAAGGAAGAGAAAGAUGGAGUGAAAGAGAAAGUCAAGAAGCCCAUUAAAAGGACCAUUCCUGCCUGGGCCACCAUGUCUGCCAGCAAACGUGCAACGCUCACUAAUAAGAGCACCUCCACCAUGCAACCCCCUAGGAUGGACGACAUACUCAUUGAGGCUAUUGAGUCCUGCAAGGAGAAGACUGGGGCCUCAGCCCAUUCUGUCAUGAAGUACAUUGUGAAGAAAUACCCUAACCUGGAGUUGGACAAGAGGAAAUUUCUUCUCAAGAAGGCUCUCAAGAGGCAGCUGGAGAAGGGCACCAUCAAACAGCUGAAGGGUAAAGGCCUUUCUGGAAGCUUUACCAUUGGGAAGCAGCCCCCUAAUAAAUCCACUGCUAAAGGGAAGCCGAUGGCAGUAGCUCCUGGGUUGAAGGCAGAGACCCUUGGGGAUGCUCUGCCCCUGAUCAUCACACGGCUAUGUGAGCCCAAAGAGGCGUCUUACAUUCUGAUCAAGAAAUAUGUGGAGCAGCACUUCCCUCAACUCAACGUGGAGCAUCGGCCGGAUAUCCUAAAGAGUGGCCUGGUGAGAGCUGUGGACAAGGGUCAACUGGAGCAGAUCACUGGAAAAGGUGCCUCUGGAACAUUCCAGCUGAAGCGGGAAGGGGGCAAGUUCCUGCUUAAAGGUGGGCCCCUGGAGGACGCUAUCAUGACAGCCAUCGUGGCCAUGAACGAACCCAAGACUUGCAGCACCACCACACUCCGCAAAUUCCUUUUAGAGACAAACAAGGACAGCAUGGAGUACCGUGUGGUGAACAGCCUGAAGAGGACACUGCAGAAGUGUAAAAUGAUGGGCUGGAUGGAGCAGAUCACUGGGAAUGGGCUAAAUGGGACCUACCAGCUCUGCUACCCUUACCACCCCAGCCCAGCCAUUCUGUUCCCAGAAAAACAGAAAGUGAAAGAGGAGAAAAUGGCAGAGAAGGCUAAACGCAGAAAGAUGGUUGACUCGUCUGAUGAGGAGGACUCUGAUGAGGAGGAAGAGGAGUCGUCUGAGGAGGAUGAGGAGUCAGAUGAUGAACCCCCUCCUAAGAGGAAAGCUGUGAAGCGGCCACCACCUAAAGCACGUCGCCCUCCCCCCAGCAAGAAGUCACAGCCGGCAAGUCAGUCAAGGGCUAAGGGCAAGAAAAGAGCUGCCCCUGCUAAGAGAUCUGCACCCCCAGUCAAGAAACCAGCACCCCAAGCUAAGAAAGCAGCACCACCAGCCAAGAAGUCUGUUCCCCCAGCGAGGAAACCAGUGCCACCAACAAACAAACCAGUGCCCCCGGUUAAGAAACCUGCAGCUGCCAGUAAAGCUGUAGCCUCAAAGAAGACACCCCCACCAGCUAAGGCGGCACCCACACCAGUCAAGAAAGCUGCUCCAGCGAGCAAGCCCAAAACGCCCAUUGUCAAAAAGCUGACAAGCAGAGCAUCAAAGCGCCCAGCGCCCAAAAAGUCACCACCUGCAAAGAAGGAAGCAGCCAAAUCUGCAGUGAAGGCCAAGCCAGCAGCCCGCAAGUCCCUGAGGGAGAGGAAGUGAGCUCACUAUUGCCCAGCAGUGGAAGUUUAACUGUAGCUCUGAAGGCUGCAGUGCUCUGCCUCUAGCCAUGCUCUCUUUCGCAUCAUUGUUUUCCCCCUGUUUGGGGCUCUAGAAUUCUUCUCUGUAGGAUAGGGAGGUGACAGUUAUCAGUUCAUGUCAAUUUACUGUACUUUGAACUGUUACAUUUCUGUGAACCCAACUUCUAAACACCAUUGUGUAGAAAGUCCUCUUCAAAAACUGUAAAAUUGCAUAGGUAUUGAAUUGUGAAAUUUCACAAUUUCCCUCACACACUUGUGUAUAUGCAGAGAUCUAACAUAAAAUCAAAGUGACUUGUCUUUUCAUUUUAACAUUUCAUCCCAAUCCACUUUCCCAUGUUUUAGCUUGACACAUUCCUUGUAUAAAAAUAUAGAAUUCUCUACAUUUAAUCUGGAGUAAAUUUUCAAAUCUUAAAGAAUAUUGAGAUUUAUGUAAGUGAAUUUGAGAGCAUGAGAGCCAACUUUUCAUGUAAUGAAUUGUUAUUUAAAUGAACGUUCCUUGAUCAGUUGCAGGGCCCAUAGUUAAAAUACUUAAUUUGAUUGGAGACUGACAUCAGGAAGCAAUUUGUCAUUGUCAUAUUCAGUACUACUGCAUAGUAUUAGGGAAAUAUUUUUUUAAUGUUCGUAACUAAUCAAAGUUCAUUUUAUCAUAUAAAGCUAAAAAAUACAAAAUCGUCUACAUUCUGUGUAAUAGUGCAAGAUUUGAAGAAACUUCAUUUUGAAGGUGUGGCUCAUGCAUACCCUGCAUGCGUGAACUCUUUAUGUUAUGCUUUUUUCCAAGUCGUUAUUAAAAUGGCUAUUUGUACUAAA